CUCCUAAACCAACACAACCCACGCUGCAGCAAACUCUUGCAAGAUGAGAGAAAAUGUCCAGAGACAAUCCACGUGCUGUGAAAAUAACACAGGCAAUUAUCAAGUACAUUGCAUUGAGUGACCAGCCACUCUCGGAGGUAGAAAAUGUGGGAUUCCUGUGUCUCCUCCAUGUUCUGGAGCCCAGAUAUGAUGUCCCAAGCCGCCGCUACAUGACUGACACGGAGCUGCCUAAACUACACGACUCCGUGAAAAAACAUAUCCACAGCCUACUGCAAACCUCCUCUGCGUUUAGUUUCACCACGGAUAUUUGGACAAGCAGUGUUAGCCCCGUGUCGCUAAUUAGCCUAACCUCCCAGUGGAUAGAUGAGAGUUUCACGCCGCAACGAGCCAUAUUACAUGCGAAACAACUCCGUGGCUCGCACACCAGCCAGGCUAUAGUGCAUGUGUUUGAGGAAAUGCUCCAGACAUGGGGUAUACCUAAAACAUUAGUACAUGUUGUGCUUCGUGACAAUGCCAAAAACAUGAUUAAAGCCAUGAAUGACGCAGGACUCCCAAGUCUGCCGUGUGUCGCGCACACGCUCCAACUGGCUGUUCACGAGGGCUUAUUAGCACAGAGGAGCAUUGCUGAUGCUAUAGCAGUGGGGCAGAAAAUAGUUGGGCAUUUUAAACAUUCCGCCUUAGCUUACUCCCGCCUCGAGGACAUUCAGGGACAGCUCAACCAGCCAAUAAAGAGACUGCAGCAGGACGUACAGACGCGCUGGAACAGCACGUAUUACAUGCUCCAGUCCCUCAUUGAGCAAAAGCGAGUGCUGGGGGUGUAUGUGUCCGAGCAUGAACUCCCUGACUGUCUCACCGCUCACCAAUGGGCUCUUAUGGAGAAGACUGUUGCCAUCCUCGCCCCCUUUGAGGAACUAACUAAAAAAGUGAGCAGCUACGACGCACUAGCCUCUGAUGUCAUCCCAGCUGUGACUGUGCUAGUGAGACUUCUAAACAGAAAAACAGACGAGGACCACGGCGUCAAGACAAUGAAAGCAACCUUACUGGCAGCUGUCAAGAAGCGCUUCAGUGACGUCGAGACCAACCCACUGUACUUCAUCUCCACCAUACUUGACCCAAGAUAUAAAGAUCGCUUCUUCUCCAACAACACUGCUCCGGAGGCCAAGCUGCACCUGAAGCAGGAGCUGCAGAUGAUGUCCAGAGCUGAGGCAGAGGGGAGUCGGGCAGAAGCUGCAGAACCUCCUGCUAAACUGUUCCUCAAGGCCCAGGCCAGCACUAGCAGCAGUCUGGACACUGUAUUUGAAGAAAUCGCUAAGGAGCAGCCCCAGGCAGCACAGCCGCUGGCAGCAGGUGCUGCCAUUGAGCUCGACACAUACCUCGGAGAGGCCCCAAGCCCUCGUGAAGACAGUCCUCUGAAGUACUGGGGUGUCAACAAAAUCAGGUUCCCCACUUUGGCUAAAAUGGCCCGUAAAUACCUCUCAGCCCCAUGUAGCAGUGUGGAAAGUGAAAGGCUUUUUAGCUCAGUGUCACACAUUAUAGAUGAAAACAGAAACAGGCUGACUGCUGAUAAUGCAGAAAAGCUACUUUUCUUAAAAAAAAACCUGCCACUCACUUUUUCUAAAUAGGCUCCAUUAAGUGAGUCGUCUUAGACUUGAUGUUAAUACCUACCUCAGUUGCACUGACUGCCACAGUUCUAUGUUGGUGGAUGUUGUUAGUUUAUUCAAAUAUUGUGCACUAAAUAGCAAAGAUGUUUAUUAAUGCCCCUUGUGUUGUCCAAAGCGGCAGAGUUUACAACAAACUGAAAAAAAUACUUGAGUUGCACUGUCACUGUUUAAAUUUUUUUUAUAAUUAUUUAUUCUGUAAUAUGUUGCAUACAACAUGCUUUUCAUUUUAAAUAAAUGUUCUUAAUUCCAAACUAGUCCCUUGUUUUUUUGUUAAAUUAUAUGACUAAAGCUGUUACCUGUAAAUCA